AUGCUUGUCAUUUCUCUCCUCGGUUUUCUGGUUCCCAUUUUACAAGGUAAGGCUGAUUGUAAAUCGGAGAACAACGGGCAUUUGGUCAUUUGAGCUUUUGCUACUGUAAUACUAUAGGACUUCGUUCAGCCUCGUCCCGAUGUUCCUCUCCAAAUGCGACGACCUAUCUGCGAUCCGAAGGCACGCGUCUCAUGGAAUUCUCCAAGAAAGUAAUGAAAGAUGUAACUUUGAACGAGUGCGCGACCGCCUGUUCCGAUUCUCUGACUGUGAGUCGUCCCUUUUGAGCAUACUCAAUCCUUUCCGAUUCGAUUUCAGACGGACGAGUGUCUCUCGUUCGAGUACGACGCCUCGCUCCUCCAGUGUUCGCAUCACUCGGACGACGGACAGCCAUUCGGUGCUUCGGUUCUCGCGAAGGCGCCGCAGAUGAUCUCGUUCUUCCAGCAGAUUUGUUUACUCGGUACUUGAAACAAGCAAAAGACCAUUAAGUGGUAUUUAGUAGCGAAAAACAAGUGUUGAGAUUUAUAGAAAAACAAUAUUUACAAUGUACACUCAAUGAAAGGUUUCAGAAGAAGCAGUGUGCAGUGCUCCGUACUCGUUCGAAAGAUUCCCGCAAUCCGUUUUGAUCGGGCACGCCAUGAAAGUGCUCACUGUGGACGGGCUCUCCGAUUGCCUUUCCAAGUGCGUUCUGUCUCCGAAACUCUACAACUUCCUUUGCAAAUCGGCCAUUUACUACUAUGAAACUGGGGAAUGCAUCAUGAACCGGGACAGCAAGUUCAUCUAUCCGAAGCUCUUCAAAACGAACGUCCUUGACACUUUGGUUGAUUAUUUCGAGAAUAAUUGUGCGGACGGUGAGAAGAAUGACCGAAAUCGAACUAAAAUUGAAGAUUAUUGAGUUUCAGUGGCGUGCAGAGCGGAGGAGACUCUACAUUGGGUCCGCACCGAAGAAUAUCUGAUCGACGAGGCAAAGGAUGUGAUUGUGGAGAGCACGGACGCGCAGGAGUGCAAUCAACUGUGCCAGGCGAAUAAAAUCGGACAGGAGAACUUUCCGUGCCGGGCGUUCGCCUACAGUAACUCGAAGCAAGAGUGCCAUCUGACGGCCGAGAGCAGUUAUGUCGGACACAGUGAGCUCGAGAAUCUGAUCAGAUAUGAAGACAUUAUGCACUUACAGAAGGAGACAAGAAGUUCAAUUUGGCACCAUUGAACAGUGGAGAAUACUUUGAGAAAAUCUGUCUGCCAAGUACGUCGUUUUUAUGUUCGAUUGAUGACAUUUCGAUCAAAUUCCAGCGAAUCUCCAAUGUAUUGAGGCCAGUUUCGAACUGGUGGCCAACCGAAUGAUGACCAGUUCCUACAAAACGAUUCCCUCGCUCUCGCAGCACGAGUGCCUCAGUCAGUGCAUGAAAGAUGGAGCGAGGUGUUCCAGUGCCACGUAUUUCUACAUGGAUGUGAGUUUGAACCAAAAAAUGAUCUAGCAGCGAGUGGUUUCGAUCCACCGACCUCUGGGUUAUGGGCCCAGCACGCUUCCACUGCGCCACGCUGCUGACAGGAAAACCGCCCCUUCUCUUUAGUACCUUUUUACUGACUUUUCGCUCAUCGCGUUUCACUCACAGUGAUUCCUCAGUUCUUAGUGUCCCCUUCAGUGGCUGUUCACUGACUGAUUACUGGUUUUCGGCUAAUCAGCGUCUGCUCGGUGAUCGCUCGGUAAUUUCCGAGUGUUUCCGUUUUUCCUGAUGAAGACACAGACAAACCGGCGUGGGUGAAAUGAGGGCGAGGCGUGGGCAAACGGGCGGGGAGGCCAAAAUCAGAAAAAAAAUGUUGUGAAUGAUCGGGUGUAACCAUAUCAAACAAGAAUCCGAUUCCUCGUCUGGAACUUCGCAGUCCAUCCGAGUUUUUCGCUUAAGAUCCUUGGCUGACUAUGAACAAAACGAUCAUGCCGAAAGAUGUACCAAACUCACCCUCGCCGACCCGCCGGUUUGCCUGUGGAAAUAUUCGCUUUUCAGGACGAAUGUCAGCUUUCUGAUAUUUCGCAAUUCUCGCGUCCCAACGAGUUUGUGGUCGCCAAUUUCACCGAUUAUUUCGACAAAAUAUGCGACCCGACCGACCCGAAAGUGCUGGAGAAACCGGAAACUCCGUCGGGGCUCACGGAGAACAGUGUGCACGAGGAGCCCAGUUCCACGGAAAGAAGCAUUGCUCAAGGAGCGACGAACUUCGAGGUGGCAACCACUGGGAGCACGGUGGAGUUCGAGGACGACAACCUCAUCAAGGACAAUCUGGCUAUCGAAGCCGUGCACGGAGUGUCCACGAAUCAGGGACUGGGAGACAAACGGGAGACGAAAGUGGAAGUGGAAGGUGAGCGAAUAAGAGAAUGACUGAAAAAUGAGGAGGGGGAGGUUCAGAGACAGUCAUAGAUGAUACCGACGAGUUCUCGAGGGAAGUGGACGACUCCGGAGAGGCGCCGACGUCUUCGGAAGCGAGCGAAGGAAAGGUGAAGGCGAGGCUGUCGACCGAGUGCCGAAUGUCCGGAAUCUCCGUUGCAAUCACAUUCGCAGCACCCACUUCUGGAACUAUUUACAUAAAGGUAAAUGAACACACUUUUCUUCUGAAAAUCCGCGGAUUUCCCUUGCAGGAUCAUUUCUCAAGCUGUCGGCAGUCGUUCUCCAAUUCCACCUUUGCCGAACUCCACAUCCCGUUCCCCACAGAAGACGAUUCAAAGUGCGGCGGAACGGAAUCCGAGCCGCACAAGUGGGAUUACACUGUUGUCGUCGAGCGGAACGACAUGAGGACGCCUUCGUUGAUAACCACGAAGGACAAGACUUUCCAGGUCACUUGUGACUUUUCCAAGAUUGCCGAUGAGAAUCAAUUGGCCGCUUUGAAGUAAGAUUAGGAGGGAAAUUGCCGGGAUACCAUCUGAAAGCAAAGUUCAGACCGAAACUGGAAGGAGACGUGAAGAGCGAGAAGAUUCUGAUGGAAAUAGUGAGGAAUGGGCAGGCGGUGACUACAGUACCACUCGGAGCGGAAGUCGGAUUACGGUGGACAGGUACGACGAUUCAUAGAUUGAUUUCCAUCGAGAAAACGUUGAAACUUAGUGAUUAAUCCGUCUGAAAACUUGGGAUUCUUCAUCAACGAAUGCAUAGCCGAACGGGUCGGCGGACAGCCUCCACAUCCGGAGCCGUUGAAGAUCAUCUACCAGGGGUAAGUGCGCUCUGCCGAACUCAUCGACUCCAUUCCCCUUUUCUCCAGAUGCCCUGAGGAGAAGGUGCGGAACCGUCUGUUGCACGACCCAGUGACCAACAAAGACGACGUGUACUCGACGAAGAUGAAAGUGUUCCGAUUCGACGGCUCCCGCCGAGUCCGCAUCAAGUGCUCCAUCGAUGUGUGCGUCGAAAAAUGUCCCCCGGUGA